AUCGUGAUCACGAAAGAUGAGCCUGAAGGCGUUCGACCUUAUUCCAGUCUCGGAUACCCUCAGGGGCGUCGAGGGCCGAUCUUUGUUGAUCAGCAGCCUAGAUCUAUGCGGGCCAAAUCUAUUUGUAGGAGCUACGAACGGGACAAUAUGUCGUUACUCAAUGGUGUUCCAAGACGUUGGAUUUGAUGCUAGGUUACCAACGGUCGACAAGCAAAUUGCCUCUUACCCGACGUCACCUGGCAAAGCCAUCAUCCAGAUCAAAGCUCUAUCCGCACUCAACCGGCUUGUGAUAUUAAACAGCGAAGGCGUUCUAUCGGUUCACGAUAUGUGGCAUCUUGAGCCGACUAAGGAACGCCUGCGCGGCCUGACAACGAUGUGCCUCAACCCCAGCCCAUCACCAGGCCAGCUAGGGUCUUCGGCAAGCGGCCAGGUCGAUACACAUUCGACCGCCCUUUCGGCUUAUCUUUGCGUGGCCAAAAAAAAGCAGUUACAAUUGUACAGGCUAUCAGAAGAGAAACUCACCCAUCACAAGGACUUUAGCGUUAAGGAAAAUCCCAUAGCAAUUGCGAUGGUAGGGGAUGCGAUUUGUUACGCAACGUCAACGCAUUACUACCUGUUGAACGUGUCUCUGGGGAGUCAUCAGGAAGUGGCGGCCUAUUCAUCCGAACUGUCACCGCCUCUCAUCAAACUCGUUCAGGGGUGCGAAUUUCUCGUAACGGGACCAUCGAAUUUAGGCAUAUUCGUGUCAGGGGCGGGCGCAGCAACUAAACCCCCUAUACCGCUCGGAGAGGGUGUUAGCAGCUGUUCUUACCAUCAUCCGUAUGUUCUAUGUAUUAAUGAGGACACUAUUAUUAUCUACAGUAUCUUCGAUCGGGAACCCAAACAAAAGAUCAGUUUUCCAGGUGGAGCGUGCCUAGACAAUUUUGAAGGGAUUCUUUUGCUCUGCACUCAAGACAUUGUUUUCACUUUACAUCCGGUGCCUUGGGACAAGCAGGUUACCGACCUACUCAAGCAGAAAAAAGUGUCCGAAGCUCUUGAAAUUGCUAAAUCCACGCACAAAGCCAAUCUGACACCGCAGGAGCAAAAAGACAUUAUCGCUCAGGUAAAACAACAAGCUGGCUUUAUUCAACUUUCCGAAUUGAACUUCUCUGAAGCUGGCCAACAUUUGGAAGAAGGCCGCGCCGACACUCGUGCUGUGAUUUCUCUAUUUUCCGUCGUUGCAUCGGAAAAGUAUUUCGUCAAGGACUCAUUCAAUACACCGACGCUGGAAUCUGUUUGCGGUGGUAAUCCGGAAAUGCGCAAGAACGCCUAUCAGUUUCUCACUUCAUACUUGGAGACGAACCGGUACUCGGUCCCAGCCGAACAGCGGCAAGCCGUUGAUACAGCGUUGGUAAAACUAUACGCGUUGCGAUCGCAAGCUGCCGAAGACAGCGACAUUCUAACCGCGAAACUCCUGGAAAUGAUUGAGGCACAGGACACAGUGUGCGACAUUCAGGAGUGCGCCGAUUUUCUGGCUGACAGACUCGGCAAACAUCACUAUAAAGCAUUGCUGUACUAUUCGCAGGGCCUUCGUGAACGCGCCCUUGAAAUUUGGGAGCGACUUGUAGAUGGCCGCUUGAGUGAUGCGACUCUUGAAAACCCCAUUGGCCUAAUGGUGGACAUGUUAAAACGGGAAGAGGACACGUCAUUAGUGAUUCGUUUCGUCAAAUGCAUAUUAGAUAGCAACCAGUCAAGCGGAGUCAGGGUGUUUGUUGAGCGUUCCCAAGCCAUCGACGACGAAACAGUGUUGUCCACAUUGCUGAAUUAUCCUGUAGCAACGAUGGAGUAUCUCGAGCAUCUUGUUCUUGAUCGACGAACCACCGACCCAGCUUACCAUACCCAACUGGCGACCAUCUAUUUAUCAUACGUGCUUGAGUCUUCGAAGAACGGUAGAACAACACCACGUGAUUAUCGACGCAAACUGCAAACGUUUCUGCGUAUGUCUGCUUUCUACCAACCAGAUAAGCUGCUCGAUCUCUGCACAGCCAAUGCACUGCACUUGGAACGAGCAAUACUGUAUGAACGCCUGGAUCGACAUGAAGAAACAUUAAAGGUUUACGUUCACGAACUUGGCGACUUCGCUGCGGCGAAGGAAUUUUGCCAUCGUAUAAGCAAUAUCCGUCUCGACCACGACCUGAAAUGCGGUGUCUACGGGACUUUGCUCAGUAUUCUUAUGAAUCCACCCCCUAACUGUGAUAGCGCGCCUCUGUAUCUGAAGGAGGCAGUGGCGCUGCUGAAUGACGACGAGGCGGAAUUCAAUGUGGACGAAGUCUUGCGGAUAGUGCCCAUCGAUUGGCAGGUCACGUCGUUAGCAGACUUUGUAAUACGAGGUUUGCGCAACGCUCAUCAUCGACUGGGAAUGCUUCAUAUUCGGGUAGCCCUCACCAAACUGGAGAAUAUGCGCGCACACCAAAAGAGAAUCCAAACACAAUCGACGCAUUUUCUAGUCAGAGAAAACAGAGUUUGUAAUGCGUGCAAUCGACCGCUGUUAACCCCAUCGUUUGUCCGUUAUCCAGACGGCUCAAUUGUGCACAUGCAUUGCGCCAAGGCUCACAAGACAGUGCAGCACUCCUACACCUGAACGAAGGAUUUAGGCCGUUUGCUUGGUACCAGUAAAGUUUUGAUGUAAACUGAACCUAUAAUGGCCAUACGUUCAUUGAUUUCGAUUCAUAAAGUUUUGCCACAUUAUAGUGGGAUCAGUUGAACAAACUACCGAACAUUUCCUCAUAUAAUCGUUGUUCUGGUGCGGCUAAUAGCUGUACGUGCAAUCUGGUGCUUUUCGUAUGAAUCUUUAUCAAACGAACCAUAGCCGUACCGAUGAUUAUCAACGACCGUUACUGGGGCAUACAAUUUAAGCUCUAUGAUCGUUUCAUCAUGCACUAUGUACAUAAAAAGCAGAAUAGGGCAAAAUGAAUAUUAUGUGAUUCUCCUAUUAAGCAAACUGACUCCACAGCCAACGAACAAAUACAGGUAAUUGGACUUCCGUUAAGUGCCACUGCUUUUUUAUUUCCCGAGAUCGUCUCCAAAACUCCUUGCGUUCCUAGAUAUAAUCGUCUAUAUACAUAACAUUUUUACUGAAACGCAGCGUGAAAUGAACAACAAAAAAUUACGCUCACUGAAAUUAACCUACUUAUAUCUGUCUUAUAUAUAUGUUGAGAGCAAACGAAAUGUGUUCUGUGUUGAUGGUAUUCUAUGCUUGGCUUUCUUCUUAAAGACUAACAGUUAGAACCUACAAACCUACAAAAACUCGAGAAUUCCUCUGAAACAGAGAGAGAGAGAGAGAGAGAAAAAAACGACCUCGAGGUAUGUACUCGACGCUAUAGGUAGCUUUUCUAUUUUUUUAAUAGAAAUUUAAAAUGUUCGUUUUUGUAUUCUUCUCUGAUAACGCAUACUUUAUAUAGAAAAACCUUGAUGAAACUUCUCAGAUUCCCUGAAACAGAGAUGUGGCAGACGAUUAAAGUAUAGCAUGCCGUUAGAACACAUAAUAAAGCAAAGUAUUAAAACAAUAUUAGUAAUAAGACAAUAAAGAGUAUAUAUAUAUAUAUAUAUUUAACACUCGGGGCGGCCCAUGAUGGAUGGCCGCUUUGCAGGUUUGUUGGUAGUUAUUUAAUGAAAUAAAAAGUGUUGUGUGACUGUUGAUAAUAUGUUCGGUGUUUUCAUUUUAAUCAGAAAUGGUUACCGUGCUGUUCUCAUUUAAUCCAUGUCUAUUCCGACCUCAUUGGAGUCAACGCCGCAAAUGAUAAACCUAGCCAGAUUUUACUUCAAUUAUUUUACAAUUUUUCAACAAAUCGACAAAAAAAUCUUUGGUCAAUAAUAACUAUUAUUGUACGUUACUUCAGCUUGCAAAAUACUUGUGAGCGCUAUUGGAAAUAAUAGUUAGAACUAAUACAGAAUGCUAGAAUUUAUGUAUGCAUUGCUCUCCAUUAAGCUUUUUAACUGAAAAUUUGGAUCACCUUCUGUAAAGCUUCUUGACUGAACCAUAAAAACUAUAAAGCAAAAGGUAGUAGCCAUUAAACAAAGAGUCACUUAAACCGUACAAAUUGGAACGCGACCUAACUACCCCAUAUCGCUGUGAGAACACAAAAAAAA